CAACAAAUCAUCAGCUGCCCAACCAAGUCGACGCCUCCCUUCUCCUUUAAUAUCCCUCAGCCCAGGUACAUAUACCUACCUCACCGCCCUCAAUGGGGGAAGAUCCUCCCUCCCGCAAAAUCCAGCAUGGCAAGGGCUCCUCCUCUGCCAGAAAACUGAAGCGCAGGAGUGGUGACUCCGCUCUCACUCCUCGCUCCCUCGCCCCGGGCGAUAACAGGAGGGACAAAGAAAAAGAGAUGGCAGCCAGCUUUUUACAGUUCUGCGCCAUGUGCGAGAAGCAGAUUAUGACUCCAUGCAACUCGAUUCUUUACUGCAGUGAAGCAUGUCGUCGCAAGGACGCCGCGAAGCCUCUAUCGGCCUCCAAUCUGUCACUCGAGUCCUCCACACCGCCGCCAUCCCUCCCCUCCUCCCCGCGUCCAACCAUAACAUCACGCGUUUCCAGCGCUUCCCCGGAAUAUCAAGACAAACCUUUCACACGGAUACCCUUUGAUCUUCACGAUCACCGAUCAGAUCUUGACCCAACCGAAUGGAAACCCAAGAUACCUCACCGCGGCGCCUCGGCCAACUCUGAGGCGUUUCGCUAUUUGAGCCGCUUCCACCAGACACACAACAUAAUCAACAACAACUCUGCCGAUCAUCCUGACCACCACCACCACCAAUCCAAGCCCGUCCGCCCAGUAGCAAUGCGGCACAAGAGUACUUUGAGCAUGUCCACCUUGACACCGGGCACAACAACGCCAAGUCUAGCCAACAGCCCCACCACAACAUCGUCCAGCUUUGGCAGCAUGUACGAGUUCAACUUGCGCCCGCUGGCUCCCCGCACCAAUCCGCUGUACAGCACCAGCGCCGGCCACUCCAGGAGCAUCGAUUUGGUGACGCCCCAUAUCCCGCCUCCCACUCCGACGGUUGUCGGUGACGUUGGACUGGCCGGGUCGAUUCCCGCGGUGGAAGCCGAGGUCGACCUCUGGGGCAAGAAGGUGGUUCGACCCGUCGUCUCCGCCGCGACACCCAAGGGCGAGGGCCUGGGGGCGUUGUUCGGCAAGGAUUAUUGAUUUCGCUUUAGAGAGCCGUGUGCUGGCAACAGCGGACCCUACGAUGGUUUUGGAGGCAUUGAACUUUUGGGAAUGGGUGGCCGUAAUUUGUUUGUUGGCUGAUGACACCGGGAAGGACAGCGCGCGCUGGAGUCAUUCACCUCUGCGCAGUGCAAACAUGCACGUAUAGACUAUUGAUACCCUCGAAAUUGAUAUUGCAUUGGAUGUGGACCCCCUUC